AUGGACUCUACAAAGAAGCCACUGCACUUUACACAAAGCUCCAUUCUGCCUCGUUACCUCCCACCAAAUUCACCUUCCCUUACCUCCUCAAAGCAUGCGCCAAGCUCAAUGCCGUUUCCAAUGAAUGGGGAUUGCGAAGAAGCUUUCAAAAUAUUUAAACUAAUUAGUGUUGGGAAUGUUAGGCACGACUCGGUGACUAUAGCUCCCGUGUUGACUUCGUGUGGUGAUGUUGUGAAUGGCGUGCAAGUGCAUUGUUUGGCAGUCAAGAUUGGUGUUGAAAUGGAUGUUUAUGCUGCGACGUCUCUUAUGACAAUGUAUUUUAGUUAUGGAGGUUUGGCUUCUGCAAUAAGGUUGUUUGGAUUGAUUAACGAUAAAAAUUUGGAACUGAGAAAAUGUUUAGACGAUAAAGCUAAUUCAGUUGCCCUAAUUUCAGUUCUUUCUGAAUGUGCAAAUGUUAAGUACAUCAAAUUUGUUAUGCAGCCUCAUGCCUUUAUAGUUAAAGCUGACUUAGAUUCAGAUUCUAAGAUUGAAAUGGCCGUUGAACUCUUUGUCCAGUUGGAUUCUGAAGGAUUCAGACCAGACUCGGUGACAUGGAAUUCAAUGAUAAGUGGUUGUUCACAGUCAGGAAAGGCCAACGAAGCCAUCAUGUUCGUCAGGAAGAUGGUAUCUUGUGGUGUAACACCAAGUAUGAAAUGCAUCACUAGCCUUUCACCAGCUUGUUCACUUCUUUCUGCCUUGUCUUAUGGAAAGGAGAUUCAUGCAUAUGUUGUGAGGACUGAGACCAAUAGUGAUGAAUUCAUUGCUACUGCAGUCAUUGACAUGUCAAUAUUGAAGACUAUGUUUGUAGAGCUAAGCAACUGCAUUGUGUUGGUUUUCCAAGUUCGAGCUCUCCUAUCUGCUCUUUGGAAAGCUAAAGGCACUGCUGCUGCAAGGAAGCGUGCUUCUGAUGCUAUGAAAGAUUACUUCCGUGAUCCAGAAAAUCGCCGCAAGAGAAGCAUUUCAAUGAAAGGGGUGAAAUUUUACUGCAGAAAUUGUGGACGAGAGGGGCACAGGAGAAAUUAUUGCCCAGAAGUUCACAAGUUAAUAGAUAAACGAUUCAGAUGCCGGUUAUGUGGGAGAAAAGGGCAUAACAGAAGAACAUGUCCGAGAUCACAGUCAAUUGACCAGAAGAACUCGGUGCCAAGAAACCAUCAUUGCAAAAUUUGUGGUCAAUCUGGACACAAUAGCAGGACAUGUCCACAACUAACGUCCCAAACUGAUGUAGAAUCAAAUGCUGUUGCUGCAAACAAAGUUCCAAUUGUUUCUCGAAAAAGGACUUACACUUGCCACCUCUGCCAUGAGAACGGGCACAAUAUAAGGACUUGUCCUCGGAGAAAAUGA